CUAGGAGGACUAGGAACUUGCAAUUUGGAAAAACAAAACCAAAGCUAAUUCUUCUAUCCCCCAGCAAGCUGUUUGAGAUACCUUGGAAAUGGAGCAGUGUGUCACAGGCCGCCAGCACGUGCCGGGUGUCCUACACGGCAAGCCAGCGGAUGUUUUGCUCAAGGUGCCAUCUGGAUGGCCUGACUGUCACCCAGGUGGAUCAGAGACAGCUUGGCGUCAGCCGGAGUCUUUGCGUCGCUUCUGAUCCCUGUUUAAAUAGCUUGAGCUGCCCAAGAGUUUUAAUCUUCUUUCUGGGGCAUUUGGAGAGAGAAGACCAGCUAGCUACCUAUGCCUGACAGAAGCACAAAAGACUCCCAGGAUCCCAGCAGUCCUCCCUAUGGAGUCCGCAGUGAAAUCGGCGUUUGGAGUGCCGGCCAGACAGCUGCUGUGCUGUGUCUCGGCCGACUUCCCCAGGGAGAAGGGCAUCAGCUCCCAAAGGUGCCACAGCAAGAACCGAGCGCAGCCUCCGGCUCGGAAGACGCCAAUCAACGAAAAGCACAAGAGCAAACGGGACGCAGCCUUUGCUCAACAGAAGGCUGAGCGAGCCACCAUGAGGGCCCACCUCCGGCAGAAAUACCAGCUGCCCAAGAACCGGACAGAUAAGAAGCAGCUGGAAGCGGUUGGGAACAAGACGAAACUCCCCCAGGACCUCCUGGCUAUUGUGAAGCCCAAAGCUACCACAGAUCCCAGCUCCAUCUUCUCCAGCUUGGGUGGUCUGGAUUUCAGCGCCUUGCGGGUGACGGCAGCGAGCGCCGUGCAGUCCCUUCAGCGCCCGGUGCAGUGCCCCGUCAUGUGAGUGAGCCCCCCUUCCAAGGACCCUCACUCCAGCGGACACAGGAGUUGUUAUUCACUGGGAUGCGCGACUGCAGAUCGCUGGACCUCAAAGCCCCUCCACGGUCUUGACGUGGGCCCAGCGUCCACCAAACUUAA